AUGGAAAGACGUACUGCGGUUUUAUGGGGACUCGUUUGUUUGUCUUUGUGGUUUUUUAGUUAUGUGGUUGAAGCUAAGAGAGAAGGAAGUGGUUAUGGUGGUGGUUCUGGUGGUGGUUUUGGCAGUAGGGGAGGCCCUGGUGGUGGUUUUGGCAGUGGGGGAGGAAUAGGCAAUGGCGGUGGUGGUGGUUAUGGAUCUGGUGGUGGCUUGGGUGGUGGCUCGGGUCAGGGCGGUGGCUAUGGUUCAGGUGGUGGGUUUGGGGGCGGAGGUGGAGGCGGAGGCGGAGGCGGGUACGGUUCUGGCAAUGAAGGGGGUGAUGGUGGUGGUUUCGGGGUUGGUGGAGGUUGGCCAGGCAAUGGUGGGGGAACUGGGUAUGGUGGAGGAAAUGGUCGUGGAGGAUACGGUCAUGGGAAGGACCAUCUCCAGAAAUAG